UCUGCCGGGCGAGGCAGCGCCGGCGGACAGAGCUGCCUGGGUGUUCAGGGGCCAAGAUGGCGGCGCGCCGGGGACGGAGAGACAGAGUCGUGCCGCCUGCGAGUGGCGGCUCUGGGCCCGAUCCCGGCGGUGGAGUUCGCGGCAGCAGCUGGGGAAGUCGGAGCCAAACGCCCUAUGGAACCGUGGGCGCCAUGAGCGGAGGGGAGCAGGUGCUGCUGCAUGAAGAGGGGGAUGACGCUAGCUUUGUCAACCUGCCUCGGCUGGGCCCGUCUGUGAGAGACAAAGACCUAGAGAUGGAGGAGCUAAUACUGCAAGAUGAGGCGCUGCUGGGAACCAUGCAGAGCUACAUGGAUGCCUCCCUCAUCUCACUUAUCGAGGAUUUUGGGAACCUUGGAGAGAGCAGGUUAUCUCUAGAAGACCAGAAUGAAGUAUCGCUGCUCACAGCUCUGACGGAGAUCUUGGACAAUGCAGAUUCUGAGAACCUGUCUCCAUUUGACAGCAUCCCUGACUCAGAGCUACUUGUGUCUCCUCGAGAGGGCUCAUCUCUGCACAAGCUGCUCACUCUUUCUCGAACACCACCAGAACGUGACUUCAUUACUCCAAUUGACCCAUUAGGGCCCAGCACAGGUGGUAAUAAAGUCAGUGGGGUUGAGAUGGCUCUUGCAGAUUCCCCUUGGGAUUUCUCCCCACCUUCCUUUCUGGAGACCUCUUCUCCAAAGGUACCAAGCUGGAGGUCCUCAAGGUCAAGACCACGCUGGGGCCAAUCCCCUCCUUCCCAGCAGCGCAGUGAUGGUGAAGAAGAGGAAGAGGUGGCUAGUUUCAGUGGUCAGAUGCUUGCUGGAGAGCUGGAUAAUUCCAUGAGUACCACCCCAGAUUUCCCCAUGCAUCUGGCCUGCCCACAGGAAGAACACAAGGCGUCAGCAGCAGAGGUAGCCAUGCCAGCAGCUGGUGAAGAGAGCAUCUCCUCCUUGAGCGAGCUGGUGCGGGCCAUGCACCCUUACUGCCUUCCCAGUCUCACCCACCUGGCGUCACUUGAGGAUGAGCUUCAGGAACAGCCAGAAGAGUUGAUACUGCCUGAGAGUUGUGUGGUACUAGAGAUUGUGGGCCAGGCAGCCACAGCUGCUGAUGGCCUGCAGAUCCCAGUUGUGGUACGGCAGGUCCCCACUGGACCUGAGUCUGUACUCUUAGGUGACCCGUUGCAGUUGCUUAUGCCCACGCUGGAGUCAGAGACAGAGUCUGCUGUUCCUGAGGUGGCUCCUUGCCCUGAGGAGGAGGACUUGGUGGGGGAUUCAACUUGCUUUUUGGAGCCCAAAGAGGCCACAGCAUCGGGGGCAACCAGUGGGCCUCAGAACACAUCUCCCAGUGUAGUACUGGGUUCCCAGAAAGUGCGGAAAGGCAGGAAGAAGAAAAGCAAGGAGCAGAUGGUAGCUGCUGCAGAGGGUUAUGCCAGGAGGCUGAGAUCUUCCUCUCGUGGGCAUGCUGCUGUGGCUGCAGAAGUUGCUCAGACCAGCAGCCUGCAGACGCAGCCUCAGGAAGAGGUUCAGAGAGUGGCGGGGCCUCCCCAGGGAAGUGGGAAGCCUCGGGCUUGGGCUCGGGCUUGGGCAGCUGCCUUGGAGAAGCCUUGCUCUGGGAACCUGGAGAGAAGUGCUGGACAAGGUAGUUUUGCCAAAGAAGAUCCUUUAGACCUCUACUGUAAGCUGGUUGACACGAUCCAGGCCAACCCUGUUCCGACCCAUCUCCCGUUGGUUCAAUCUGUUCUGGCCGCCACACUGGAUGACACUGUUAAAGCCAGUGCUACUGCUGGCGACCCUGCUCUGACUGACACUGUACCCUGUGAACCAGCUUCAGCCAGCUCAGAGCUCGCUGACCCUCUCCCGGCCGAUCCAGUACUGACUGACCCAGUCCUUGCUGACUCGGCAGCAGUUGAUCCCAUAGUGGUUGUUCCCAUCUCAGACAACUCGUCACCAGUAGAUACUGUCCUAGCUGACCCAGCGCUUGUUGACUGUGUUCCUAAUGAUGUGGUUCCAGCUGACCCUGUGUUAGUUAAGUCUCGACCAUCCGACCCUAGACGUGGUGCAGUGUCACCGGCCGAAGGGAUUCUGGCUUCCCAGCUCCCACUGGACUCAGAGUCUUCAGACCCCUUGAAGGCUGUCAUCCCCGAAGUCAAGGAGGUUGUAGGUCCUCUGAAGGUGGAAAAUGGUGCCAGUGCUGCCACCCAGGAAACCAAACCACGGCCGCUUAGCCUUUCUGAGUACCGGCAACGAAGGCAGCAACGGCAGGCAGAGGCAGAAGAAAGGACUUCCCAGGCCCCAGCUGGGAAGUGGCCCAGCCUCCCAGAGACCCCCACCGGGCUGGCAGACAUUCCUUGUCUUGUCAUCCCACCAGCACAAGCCAAGAAGACAACUUUGCAGAGGAGCCCUGAAGCUCCUGUGGCCAGCUUUGUACCUGUGGGUCUCAGUCCAGCUUCUCCUAGUCCUGAACCUGCAAGUAGACCUGUGGAUUCAGUGCCCAGUGAACAAGUGCCACCUGAAGAGGCGCCACUGCCAGCAAGAUCUUCCCUUUCUACUGUGCAGUCCAUGUCUCUGGCAGGGCCCAUUUCUCCCAUGAUGGCCCCUCCUUUGCCAUUCCCCCCAAGUGGCCUGGGCAUGUCUCCUAUGCUGCCCCUUCCUAUAAGUGGACAAGGGGUCCCCAGUGUACCCCCACCUCCCUUGCACCCUCCUGGUCUUCCAGUGUCUAUGGGGCCUGUACCAGCUGAUCCCUAUACUCACUAUGUGCCACCCUGGCCAUGUUAUCCCCCUGUGUCCCCUUCUGGCUACCCUUGCCUGCCUCCCCCACCAGCAUUGCCCCUAGUGUCUGGUACGGCUAGCACCUAUGCUGUGCCCCCGACUUGUAAUGUGCCUUGGGUUCCGCCUCCUGCCCCAGUCUCACCUUACAGCUCCAGCUGUACCUAUGGGCCCAUGGGAUGGGGCUGUAGGCCACAACACCCUCCGUUCUGGCCAGCUGUUCCCCCGCCUCCUUUGGUUCCAGUCUCUAUUGGGGUAGAUGUUCUUCCACCCACCGUGGAGCCCAGUUCCAUUUUAGCUGGCUCUCCUGAAAAUGUACCUAUGGCUCCUGUGCCUAUGGCCCCUUCCUGCAAUCUUGGGCCAGCUGAGAGCUCCACAGAUAGAGGUCCACAGAUAGAGGUUGCUAAGGUCGAAGUCAAGUCAGUGCCUGUCUCUCCCCAUGAGAAACACAAGGUAUCCUCUGUGGCACAAAGUCCUUGGCCCAAGGCCCCGCCAAGUCUAUCUGUUGAAGAUAAGUCUGUGGAGGAGCCUGCAUCAGAGGCGCUAAAGCCUGAGACCCAGGAGAUCAAGCCCAAGGAGAAGCCCCUCUGUCCCGCUGUCAGGGCUGUUUCUGUGCAAAGACAGAGCACUGUCCCCAAGCUGCCUACUGUCCAUCCAGCCCGGCUAAGGAAGCUGUCUUUUCUGCCCACCCCACGCACACAGGGUCCUGAGGAUGUGGUGCAGGCUUUCAUCAGUGAGAUUGGAAUUGAGGCAUCAGACUUAUCCAGUCUGCUGGAGCAGUUUGAGAAAUCAGAAGCCAAAAAGGAAAGUCUUCCCUUGGCUCCUACUGAUGGCUCGGCUGUAGGAAACUCAGGUUACUUUGUGAGGAAAGCUGACGUACGUGAUAUUGAGGAGGCAAUGAACCAGGCUUUCCCUUUUCCCCCCGCCAGCAGCGUUGACACUCCCCAGGAGAAGAGGCCCCUAGACCGGUUACAAGCCCCAGAGCUGGCCAACGUGGCAGGCCUCACCCCUCCAGCCACCCCUCCCCACCAGUUAUGGAAGCCCCUGGCUGCUGUUUCACUGCUGGCCAAAGCCAGAUCUCCUAAGUCCACCGCCCAGGAGGGAACCCAGAAGCCUGAAGGAGUUAUAGAAGCCAAACAUCCAGCUGCAGCCUGCCUCCAAGAAGGGGUCCGUGGCCCUAGUCCAGUCCAUGUGGGCUCUGGGGACCAUGACUAUUGUGUUCGGAGCAGGACACCCCCCAAAAAGAUGCCUGCCCUAGUCAUUCCAGAGGUGGGCUCCCGAUGGAACAUCAAACGCCAUCAGGAUAUCACCAUCAAACCUGUCUUGUCCCUGGGCCCAGCCGUCCCCCUACUUCCAUGCACUGCUGCCUCCCAGGAGCCACUUGAUCACAGGACUAGCAGUGAGCAGGCACCUCCCCCAGCACCUUGCCUUGCCUCAUCUGCCUUGCUGUCUCCUGAGGCCUCACCCUGCCGGAAUGACAUGAACACUAGGCCUCCCACUGAACCCUCAGCCAAGCAGCGAUCCAUGCGCUGUUACCGAAAAACCUGCAGGUCAGCCAGCCCCACUAGGGGCUGGCAGGGCCGUCGUGGCCGCAGCAGCCGGUCUGUCAGCUCUGGGUCCAACCAGACCAGUGAAGCAUCUUCCUCAUCCUCAUCGUCGUCUUCCUCAUCCCGAUCCCGGUCCCGGUCCAGGUCCAGGUCCAGGUCCAGGUCCCGGUCCCUCUCCCCCCCACACAAGAGGUGGCGAAGGUCCAGCUGCAGUUCCUCUGGGCGUUCCCGAAGAUGCUCUUCCUCUUCAUCAUCAUCAUCCUCAUCCUCCUCAUCCUCAUCCAGUUCACGAAGCCGUUCUCGCUCCCCGUCCCCCCGCCGGAGAAGUGACAGGAGGCGGCGGUACGGCUCCUAUCGUGCACAUGACCAUUACCAAAGGCAGAGAGUGCUGCAGAAGGAACGUGCAAUAGAAGAGAGAAGGGUAGUCUUUAUUGGGAAGAUACCUGGCCGUAUGACUCGGUCAGAGUUGAAACAGAGGUUUUCUGUUUUCGGAGAGAUUGAGGAAUGCACCAUCCAUUUCCGUGUCCAGGGUGACAACUAUGGCUUCGUCACUUACCGCUAUGCUGAGGAGGCUUUUGCGGCCAUCGAGAGUGGCCACAAGCUACGGCAGGCAGAUGAGCAGCCGUUUGAUCUCUGCUUUGGGGGCCGCAGGCAAUUCUGCAAGAGGAGCUAUUCUGAUCUUGACUCCAACCGGGAAGACUUUGACCCUGCUCCUGUAAAGAGCAAAUUUGACUCUCUUGACUUUGACACCUUGUUGAAACAGGCCCAGAAGAACCUCAGGAGGUAACCCUGGGCUCUUCCCCCUUCCUUUUUUUCUUUGGAGGUGUCCAGCCUCCUCCACUCCCCUCCCCCGCUCUAGGGGAGAGAGCUGCUAGUGAGAUGACUUUUAUAAAGAAAUGGAAAAAACGAAAUAAAAAUGUUAAAUCAGA